CUUUCUGUUUUUUUUCCUGCGGGUGGGGGCUUUCUUUCCCACCAAAUUACAUAAUUAGGGUCGACUCUCAACGACUUAGAAGCACAAGUUCAGAGGCCCGUAAUAUCUCUCUGGGUAGAGACCCACGCACGCUGCCUAUGUGUAUGUUGCACGCUCCAGAUUCAUUUGUUCUUAUGUUUACCAUUUAAUGCUACAGGUGCUUGGGAUCGAUUUUGGAGGGAAAUUCUAGUUCCCGGUGUGUAAAGCUUUCUUGGCUUGGAUGUUGAGAUGGCACUCUUGUUUUCAUUCUGCUAAAUUCCCUGUGCAUCUGGUAAUAAAGCUCACCAUGGCACGAAAGGAGACUCCAUCUCUGCCGACUCUGAAGCUAUUGUUGAUUGGAGACAGCGCAGUGGGGAAAUCCAGCCUUUUGCUGAGAUUUGCUGAAGAUACGUUUGAGCCAUACCUUAGCCCAACAAUUGGUGUUGAUUUUAAAGUGAAGAAGAUGGUGGUUAGAAAUUUCCCCCUUCAGCUAGCAAUAUGGGACACAGCAGGGCAGGAAAGAUUUCGAACACUGACUCCAAGCUAUUAUCGAGGUGCUCAAGGUAUAAUUUUAGUUUAUGAUGUUACCAGGAGAGAGACGUUUCUGGGUCUGGAAAGCUGGCUACAGGAGCUAGAUAUCUAUACCAAGAAAAACGUUGUGAAGAUGCUGGUGGGCAACAAAAUUGAUGAGACCAACCGUGAAGUAGAAAAAAGAGAAGGACUGCUAUUUGCACAGAAACACUCCAUGCUCUUUAUAGAAGCCAGUGCUAAAAUGAAGGCUGGAGUGCAAAGUGCCUUUGAGGAAGUUGUCAUGAGGAUCCUGCAAACUCCAGAGCUUUGGAACAUCAGAAGAGAGGGAGUGAAGUUGGCAGAAAGCAGAUCCUUCAGAGAAGCAGAUGCCUGCAAUUCCUACUGUUCUGUUGCUUAACAUCCUAAGUGUUCAAAUAAAAAAGACCCAGGCCAAA